ACGUCCAGUGAUCUCUCUCUCGCGGCUAUCUCCGAUUGCCCGUCGAGUCGUCUACUUCAUCUUUUUCUGUUGCUUUCACACCAGUACCAGGCCGUCCCUUUGUAGUCAGCAGAGUCUCUCCCCUCCCCCCUGCCUCGUCGCCAUCAGAUCACGGUCGGGACCAAUUUCUUUGCGACUUCAACACGAUUGGCAUGAUGAAGACAGUGUCAGCGGGCAGCAUGAUCGGCACUUUCCUGUUCGUGGCGAUGGCGACGAUGCUCGCUUCAUCACCGGCGGGUGCAGCUCCGCUCACGAACUGCGAUUUUUUCAUUGCCUGCAACAAGUGGGUCAUACCUACGCUGAAGAUCUGUCCUGGUGGCGACACGGCGUACACUCAAUGCGCAGGCGGCAUAGUUCACCAUGUCAACACUGGCCCGGCGACGGUGGACAUCGAAACGCAGAAUGUGAACUCUGACUGGUGUGCAAUGAGUGCCGGUGCGAACGGUCCGUGGAACGCAAUCAAGUGCGCCAACAAAUUCAGCACCAUUCAGGAGUGGGUCCACAAGAAGAACCUUCAGGAUGACGCACCAUGGUUCCUGAACAGGUACAUCAAGAUCCACAUCUCAGCCGCGGAGUACAAGGGAGGAUGGGGCAAUUACAACAGCAACGGGAGAGCCCGCGACUGUGUCAUGAUCAGGACAUCUAGCAGCUUCGCCAAACCCAACGGCACUCCGUGUGCCUAGUGAAGUAUGGUCACCGCCUCAACAGCGACGGGAAGACGCACGCUACAAACUGUACAAUUGUCAAUUGCCGAUGCAUCCGACAAAAACGUUGCAGUCCAAACCCGCAGAAGCUAGUCGCAUCCCAGUCUGAUCAUGACCUAUGCAGCUGCAAGGAGCGCUUUACUGUGCCAUUCUGAAACUCAGUUUGUCUUGUGUGCACACUGCACAGCAGCACGAAUGAAUGUGAAGCUGACAG